CUGUUUAGGUCUAAUCACUUUUAAAUGUAUAUUUUUUUUGUUAAAUCUUGACCUGAAAAGUGGCGCUGUCAACUAAAUAUAGUGGAGUAAAAAGUACAAUAUUUGCCUCUAAAAUGUAAAUGCAAUGGAGCAGAAGUAUAAAGUAUGUACUUAUUAACACUCCACCACUGGUAGCAGUAAAAAGUGAUACUGAAGUAAAUUUCCUAAAAAUUCACUGAAAUACGGUGCUUGGAUAAAAUGUACAUUUUGCUCCUUAAGUUUUUGCCUACAGUUUCCUCCACCUCUGUAGCCUCGUGUUAUUUUUGACAGCACAGUAUAGGUUUACAUUGGAGUUUAGGAUGUCUCAACCAUGUUGGCCUACAUUUCCCACAAUUCCGAGCGGUCUAAUCCUCCGUGAAUCAGUUGACUGAGAUGAGACUCAAGUGUAGUAAGAGUGGACGGUGAGGUGUCUUUAACCGGCGGAGAUGUCUCUGUCGGCCGCACACAGCUCAGACACGAGCAGCCGGAGGAGGAGGCCGGCUGAUCAGCCACAAGAUCCGUGGGAGCACGAUCCCCAGGCUGGUAACAAUCAUGAACAGAUCCAUGAACGGCUGUGUGGAGGUCUGCACACUAAUUCAACAGACAGUCCACCUUCACAUCACUCCACAUGUCCUGCACUGUGCACAACAAAAUGCAUGCCUUCACAUGCAUGUCCAAGCCAUCAUGCCUGUGAUGAUAGCUGGGAGGAGAUCCAAAGCAAGAGGACCAUCAGAGCAGAGAACGAAGUGGAAGCCAACAAACUGGUCAAUAACUACAGGUUUGGUUUCAGAAAAUGGAAGAGCCAUGUGACUGAGCGUCCGUUUGAAGUCAGGUCAGAGGUCGUGAAAGAGCUCUACUCUGAACUGAACGUCACUAAACCAUAUUCAGGUCAUCUCAUCACGUGUGGAAACAUAGUGUAUGUGCUUCUCUUCGGUUGGUGGGUCUCUCUGGCUUAUUUCCUAGUUGGUCUACUUAUGUUCAUCACUAUCACUGGUGUACCGUAUGGCAAGCUUUGCUGGAAGUUGUCCUGCUACUUCCUGUGGCCAUUUGGCAAGGCAAUCCACCAGAUUGGAAAGACAUUGAGGAGAUGUUGUGAGCAAGCACCGGACUGUGAGUGUAACACAGAGGGCACAGAAGACAACUCGCCAGUUCUGCUGCCUUCACCCACAGAGGUGCCAAUCGAUGAGUUGCCAGAACGAACUCUGCGCACUCCCUACUGGCAUCGUUUCUCCACUUACGUGUGGCUGCUGCUGGGAUAUCCUCCUCUGGUGGUCAUCCACUCCCUGGCCUGCUUCCUCUCCUGGAUCCUCGUCUUCACCAUCCCUGUUUCCAAGAUGAACGCACGGAUGCUGGGCGUCAUUCUUCUCUUGGCUCCUGAGGACGUCUCUGUCUCCACCUGUUCACAGAGGAAGCAUCAAGUCUAUGAGACCAGAGCCGUGCUGUGCUGCUACCACGCUGCAAACUGGUACUACUACAAGUACACUGUUGAUGGGAUCAACGUGUUCGCUGUCAACCUCCUCCCUCUAGUAAUAGUUGCGAUGGUAAUUGGAUAUAUUGACAAAGAAAAUCAGUAUGCCAGCUCCAAUGUCAAGUUUGCUAUCGCAAUCUGCUCCAUCAUUCCUCUGUCUUAUUAUAUUGGAAUGGGCAUUGCCAGUAUCUCAGCCCAGAGUAACUUUGCAGUGGGUGCAGUGGUGAAUGCCACCUUCGGCUCCAUCACAGAGCUGACCUUUUACAUCACAGCCCUGAUCAGAGGUCACCAGGCUGCCAACCCGUGUCUGCAGGAGGUUGUUAAAGCAGCGCUGACCGGCACGCUGCUCGGUUGCAUCCUCUUCAUCCCUGGUGUCUGCAUGAUAAUCGGAGGGCUGAGACACAGUGAGCAAAGAUUCAACAGUCGCUCUACAGGAGUGAGCUCUGCAUUACUUUUCAUCUCUGUGGGAGGUGUGUUUGCCCCCACGCUCUUCUCCAAGGCAUAUGGAAAUCUGGUGUGUGACGCCUGCACCAACGCUACUGGAGGAAACAGCAGCGGACCGUUUGUCUGCCACAACUGCCACUAUGAUCUGAACAAUGGUACACUGUUUCGGGACCAUGUUGAGCCCCUGGUGUACACAGUGUGUGCUCUCCUGCCUUUUGCCUACAUAAUCGGUCUGAUAUUCACACUGAAAACGCACUCCCAUAUUUAUGACAUCCAUGUUGGAGGACAGGUGACCGGCCACCAUGGAGCAGUGGUCCACUGGUCACGGUGGAGGUCUAUGGUCAUCCUCAUCAUGGCCACUGUGCUCACGUCUGCUUGUGCUGAUCUUGCCACCGAGCACAUCCAGCCCAUACUAAACCAGCCCAACAUCUCUCAGUAUUUCAUUGGGGUGACAAUUCUCGCUAUGGUUCCUGAGAUCCCAGAGAUUGUUAAUGGGAUCCAGUUUGCUCUCCAAAACAACAUCAGUCUCAGCCUGGAGGUGGGAAGCUGUAUUGCUGUUCAGGUCUGCAUGCUGCAGAUUCCAAUUCUGGUCCUAUUUAAUGCCUUCUAUGAUGUGGGAUUUGUGCUGUUAUUCAGUGACAUUCACCUGUGGGCCAGCAUCUUCAGUGUGAUUCUGGUCAACUACAUCUUCAUGGAUGGCAAAUCUGAUUAUUUUCAGGGUACAGCACUGGUGGUUGUCUACCUUAUUCUACUGGCUCUGUAUUUCUUCGCUCCAUCUCCAGCAACCUGCUGACUGUAGCAGAGACAUUCAGCCCAAAGUACACUUGUAAAGGCUGGAGGACCCUGACCAACAAAUUGAAUACCACUCCCUGUUGAGAUUUUAAUAAUGAUUGGGUCAUGACUAAAUGAUCACGUGUGAAUCCUGUUGUCAGUCUCGAGCUAAAUUAUACAGCUGAACAUUUUUUUUAAAUCUCAGGUGGGAACUUACCGUUGCACGUUUCUACAACGCUGAUUCAAAAAUUGGGACGUUGUCAAAACAAAACAAAAAAUAAUUCUCCCUUUAUUUUGGUCUAAUCCUAAUCCUACCAAGUGGGUUUUGGGAGGUUCACUGAAAAAACAUUUAUUUUGUAAAAUAAACUCAACUCCCAAUUUAUUUGGAUUCAGGGUUGUAUCACUACUGUAAACUGUAUCGUUUGUAAGCUAGCAUACUUUGUGUUUUUAAUAACUUCUUAUGGUCUUUUUAGACCGUGGUGAAACAAA